UACAACAGAGAUGGUUAGCUGUUUCAGAAGUCUGUUGCAAAAGAUGAAUUUAAAAUGAAUGUUGCCGAUGCUAUGAAUCUCUUUGCUAAGCGGACAAACUUUUAUGUGGACUAAGCAUGAAGCUUAUUGAAUACAUUCCAUUACUACAAAUGCUCUUUUUGGCAUUAACGUACAGCACUGAAAAUCUCCAAAAAGCUCCACGGAUCAUCACUCCCCUGGAAACAGUGGAUGUAGUAAUGGAGCAAAAUGCUACAUUUGUUUGUGAGGUAAAUUCACAACCUCUUGCAGAAAUCACUUGGACCCGCAAUAAUUUUCCAGUCCAGUCUUUCAACAGACGAUACAUUGCAAGAGAAAAUGGCCAAAUGUUAAUAAUUCCUAAUGUUAAAGACACAGACAAUGGGGAGUAUUGCUGCAUUGCUGACAAUGGAAUAUCAGAGUCUGCUAAAAGCUGUGGAGCUUUGCAAGUCAAAAUGAGGCCUCAGAUCAAACGACACCCCUCAAAUGUUACAUUACUAAAUGGCUCAAAGGCAGUUCUUCUUUGUGGAGCAGUGGGGAAUCCGAAACCAGACAUUUCCUGGCUAAGAGAAGACAUUUUGAUCAAGGUUAAUGAUCGUAUUUCCAUUCUUGAUACUGGAACUUUAAAAAUCCAUGAUAUUCAAAAAGAUGAUGCAGGGAGGUAUCGCUGUGUCACAAAAAACAGCUUAGGUGUGGAAUACUCUAGACCUGUUACAGUGGAAGUUCAAGUUCCCUCUAGAAUACAGAAGAUUUCAAUGAAUAAAAGAGUUGCGUUUGGCUCUGAAAUUACCUUGGAGUGUAAUGCAUCUGGUGAUCCAAUUCCUGCUAUCACGUGGCUGGAAAAUGGUAACUCUAUUUCUGCUGCCUCGGUGGAGGAAAUCAUUGUUGGAGAUGCUAUUAAUUCUACACUUAGAGUUGUUGUUAAUAAACCUGCCUUAUAUACCUGUUUGGCAACCAACAAGCAUAUCGGAGGAAUAACUAAAGCAAAAGCCACAGUAAAGGUUUCCAUUUCUGAAUGGAGGCUUUACAAAAGUAAUUUAGGUUAUUGUGGCACAUACCAGGGUGAUGUGUGCAAAGGAUCAUUACCAAAAGAUGCUCUUGUCUUUUAUAACUCUUCAAAUGAGGACCCAGAGGAAGCCCAAGAAUUUCUUGCGCAGAGUGUUUGGGCUCAGUUAGAUGCAGUGAAUCCUUUUUGUCGUCCUGCUGCUGAGUCCUUGCUUUGCCAUUUUAUAUUCCGAGAUUGUAAUCCAACUGGUUUAGGGCCAGCUCCUAAACCAGUGUGCAGAGAACACUGUUUGGCUGUGAAAGAUCUGUAUUGCUACAAGGACUGGCUUUCCAUGGAGGAUAAUUCACAGAAGGGCAUUUACUCAUCUGGGUUUAGACUUAAGCUACCUGAUUGUAAUCAGCUGCCAAGUAUAAAUAACAACCUUACAACCUGCACUCGAAUUCCUUACAUAGAAAUGAAAAAAGAUAAAAUCACUAAGACAUGUUACAAUGAAAAUGGAAGAUUUUAUCAAGGAAUAGUCAAUGUCACAGCUACUGGGAUUCCAUGCCAAAACUGGAGUAAAAAAGUUCCUCAUUUUCAUAGACUGUCACCAGAUAAUAUCCCAGAACUUAAAAACUCAGAAAACUAUUGUCGCAACCCUGGAGGAGAGAGUGAAAGACCUUGGUGCUACACAACAGACCAUUCAGUCAGAUGGGAGUACUGUAAUAUUCCUCGAUGUGGUGAAUUUUCAGUUCCUGUGUCCACAUUACCAAAGCAUGCAACUCCAAACCUUCCAUCCUCAGUUUCUCCUGCAUACUCCAUGACUGUAAUUAUAUCUAUAAUAUCUGGCUUUGCGGCUGCAGUAUUCCUUAUCAUAUGUGCACUUGUAUGUCACCGCAGACAAAAGGCCUGGAAGAACAGAAAAAGGGAGAUGGAAACCCCAACAUUAACCACACUACCUUCAGAACUGCUGCUGGAUCGUCUUCAUCCCAAUCCCAUGUACCAGCGUAUACCUCUCCUUCUCAACUCCAAACUACUUAGUCUGGAGUAUCCCAGAAAUAACAUUGAAUAUGUGAGAGACAUCGGCGAAGGGGCAUUUGGAAGGGUGUUCCAGGCAAGAGCUCCUGGAUUACUUGUUUAUGAAUCCUUCACUAUGGUGGCUGUGAAAAUGCUAAAGGAGGAAGCUUCAGCUGACAUGCAGGCAGAUUUCCAAAGAGAAGCUGCUCUAAUGGCAGAGUUUGAUCAUCCCAACAUUGUGAAACUUUUAGGUGUGUGUGCUGUUGGGAAACCAAUGUGUCUACUGUUUGAAUAUAUGGCUCAUGGAGACCUAAAUGAAUACCUGCGAAGACGUUCACCAGGCCAGAUGCACAUCCUCAGUCAGUGCAAUCUCUCUAGAAAGAGUUCGAUAUCUGAAUCAGAAUCAGGUUCCCUUACCUGUGUGGACCAACUGUACAUCUCAAAACAAGUGGCAGCAGGCAUGGCUUACCUGUCAGAGAGAAAGUUUGUGCACAGAGAUUUGGCCACAAGAAAUUGUUUGGUAAGCGAAAAUCUGGUGGUAAAAAUAGCUGAUUUUGGACUCUCCAGAAACAUAUACUCUGCAGAUUAUUAUAAAGCCAACGAAAAUGAUGCCAUUCCUAUCCGAUGGAUGCCUCCAGAGUCUAUAUUUUAUAACCGUUACACCACAGAGUCUGAUGUUUGGGCUUAUGGGGUUGUAUUAUGGGAAAUAUUUUCAUUUGGUUUACAGCCAUAUUAUGGAAUGGCCCAUGAAGAAGUCAUCUAUUAUGUCAGGGAUGGCAAUAUCCUUUCAUGUCCUGAACAUUGUCCACUGGAGCUUUACAAUCUAAUGCGCCUCUGCUGGAGCAGUCAUCCUACUGACAGACCCAGCUUUGCCAGCAUUCAUAGAAUUUUGGAGCGAAUGCACGAGCAGACAAUACGUGCCAGUGUAGCCUGAAGCAAAGUUGUGUUAACUUAUACUUUGAGUUUCAUAAUGCUGUGCCAAGAUAUAACACCUUAUUAAGACAUAAAUGGCUUGGGUAUACAGUAUUACUAAAUGGGCAGUAAAUGCUUGGAACGUGUGUCUAAUAUGGAGAACAAGCAUUUGUUGUGGUCUGUUUGUGGUGUCGAAUGUCUUCUUGAAAAUUUACCUUUCUGGUUCCUUUUUGUGCAAACUAAACAAUAAUAUAAAUAACUGAAACUAACAGCAUUUGCACAAAACCUCAUUUGAAUAAAAAAGUUGGAAUAUAACACAUGUAGCGCAACAUUUGCAGAAGAAACAUUACCAUUCUAAAUUGCCAGUUUCAGAUAUUUAACCUAAACAUAUUGCAAUCAGUUUUAAAUCUAUGAAAACGUAUCACCCUGUUAUAACGUAACACAAGUGACAUGUGGCAAAGAAACCGUGCCCCAUCUUCAAGUAAACGGCACAAAGAAAGGUUAAAGAAAAAGGUUGGACCCGCAGGUGUGGUUUUACACUGUAAAGAAUUGUUUUCAAAAUGAGCAAAGCAUUUUAAAAAAGUAUGAGGAGAGUACCAUGGGACUUUGAAAAUGUAAUACACGUAGAUAUUACAAUAAAAAGAAACACCAAGCGUAAAUAAAACAACUGUCCUGAAAAAUGAGAAUUCUUUUGAAAGAAGAUUUUCUCCUUGUUAGUUUGAAUUGGGUUUGAAAUUGUUAUACAUUUUUCUGUCAACAAGUAGAUAAGAAUUGAAAUAUAUCCAAAUCUUAAAAGUACGGUACUGUACAAAAACAAUUUUGAAGCAACAAAUAAUUAAUUAGAAUACAGUAUACAAGUAACUUCAUUUAUUUGUCUAAAGGCCAGUAGCUGCAGUGAAGAACAGCACCUUAAAUUAUAAUGAUUCAAACUGGAAUAUAAUUAUUAUAUAAUGAAUUUAAUAACUUUAGACUCCUACGAUAAAAAAUAGGUAUAUAAAGAUGGUGAAAGUAUCAAUAUAAUUUACAAUUAGAUUAGUUUUUCAAGUGUUGACAUCCUAAACAGUGAAAAACACUUUUCUUGAACAUUUAUUUUGACAUCUUAUUUGCUGGAAUAACUGUCUUCAUGUGCCCAGCAAUAAUUUAAAUCAUGUAGCAAUCAAAUAUUGGCCACAUAUUGUUAAUUUCUGAAUUUUUUGAAAUGUAAAAUGUUUAACAGAGAAAGCAACUUAUAAAAUGAACUUUUAGAGAAAACAAGUAAGAAAAAGAUAUGUCAUUUGGGAUUCUAAGUUUUUUACCUGCUUUACAUAUACAGUAUUCCUGGAAAAUAUGUAAAAUGCUUUUUCCUGCACAUUAGGUCUAAAAUAGAAUGUUUCUAUGUAAAUUAAAAUGAUUAUCCCUUCAUUAUUUUAAGUGUGUCUCAUAAUAAGCCUUCUUUAAUGAGAUCUGUUUGUAGGCUGACAGGAGAGUGAUGAUAAAAACUGGAUUAAUGUUUUCAAUGUUAAGCCAAAGAUAAAAAAGUCUGGGCAGUUAUACUACCAUUUCCUUUAAAUGUUCAUAAAAUAAAUACUUAGAUUGUAAGAUAAUAAUUUCAUAGACAUUUUGUAAUUGCAUUUUUUUUAAUACAUAUAUACAUUUUUUGUACCUUUUUCAUCUUGGAAAACCAUUCUUUUUAAAUGAUGAUUGAAAUUAAUGAGGUUGCACAAUAAAACUGAAGAUUAAAGGUUACCUUCAGUUAAUUUUACAAUUUUGUUUUAUUUUUGUUCCCACCAAAAUGGCAUGUGCUCUUUCAACAUCCUGGUUUGAAAUAUAAUUGAAAUAGUUUACAUGUUUUAAAGUCACCUUAUGUAUUAUUGUGUUCAAGUAUGUGCAUGCUGAAGCAUACAUUUCCACCCAUAAUUAUUAAAGAGUUCUUGUACAAGAAUAUUUUUAUUACACUAAAUUGGGGCUGUACUUAAGAAAAACCAAAUAAACCAAAGAAACAACCAAC